UCUUGGGCGGUGGCAUGGGAGGGUUCGAACUCAGGACCUCUUGGUUCCGAGACGAGCAGUCUACCGAUAGAUGAUGCUCCGUGUGGCGGUGAUCGGUGCUGGUCCGGCCGGCCUGUGUGCGGCGCGUCAUCUGUCGGCUGAGCCCGAUCGCUACCUGCCGACCGUUUACGAGCAGACAGCGGCGGUGGGCGGGGCCUGGGUCUACCGGGACCGGGUCGGGACGGACGACAACGGGCUACCUGUACAGUCCACCAUAUACAAGAACCUAAGGACGAAUGUUCCCAAGGAGGCGAUGUUCUUCCCAGACUUUCCUCACGACAGCAGUAUACAGUCUUACCUCCAUCACAGUGAGGUGCUGCAGUAUCUAGAGAACUAUGCAGAACACUUUGGACUUCACAAGUAUAUUCAGUUCCUAACCAGGGUUAACGUAGUGAAACCUGUCCACGUUCACGGCGACGUGAAAUGGCAAAUCACGACAUCCAAAGUCACGGCACCAGACAGAACCAGCAUGGAACAGUUUGAUGCUGUCAUGGUCUGCAAUGGCGGGCCUUUUAUCACCCCGUACACUCCGUUUAUCCCCGGUGCCAGCCAGUUCCAGGGCCGGACCCUGCACAGUCACCACUACCGGGUCCCUGAACCAUUCCGGGGGAGAAACGUCGUCAUCGCCGGCGGUCUCUCCUCUGGUAUCGACCUAAGCGUGGACAUCUCCGAGGUGGCAAAACAUCUCGUACUCAGUCAUUCCAACCCACCCGCCAUGCACAUACACAACCUUCCACCUAACGUAACUCAAGCGUCUAGAAUAGAGAGUAUCAAAGGUCCAAACAUUGUCAGAUUUCGGGACGGGCAAGAGUUCUGGGCAGACGAUGUCGUGUUCUGUACAGGUUCUCGUCCAAGUUUUCCCUUCUUGACUCCUGAAUGCGGCAUAACAAUCCACCAGGGCAGAGUUUCCCCGCUGUACAAGCAUGUUAUCAACACCACCCACCCUACUAUGUCAUUUGGGGGGCUCACAAAUCACUCCAUAUCAUUCGCUUUAUUUCAACUCCAAAUCAAGCUUGCUUUAGGGACCUUAGAUGGUAGCAUCAGCCUUCCCUCUAAGACAGAAAUGGAUGAAGAAGUUGACCGAGACUUUGCAAGCCGUCUAGAGGCAGGGCUAGCGCCGCAUCAAGCCCAUGAGAUAUUCCCUCUGUAUACUUCAUAUAUCACAGAGCUAGCCGCCCUAACCGGGCAGCCUGAUCCUCAGGACCAGACUUCUAUGAGUGCAGACUCGUUCAUGCGUAUGUUUGCCGAUCCUGUGGGCUACAGAAACGCAGAAUAUAAAGUAACAGUGCCAGGGACUUGGGAGAGGGUUCCUUACUUAGAUGAGAACCAAGCUGCUAAGUAA